UCGUUUCGUGUGGAUUGGAAUCCGCCACGUGGACGAAGAAGGAAGGAGGUCUUACUACUUUGAAAAUUUCAGAAGAGAUUCUCAAUUAAGUUACAAUUUUGAUAUUUUAAGCUACUUCAAAAGCUAAAAAAUGGGUAAAGAAAAAGUGCAUAUUAACAUUGUCGUCAUCGGACACGUAGAUUCUGGGAAAUCAACUACCACUGGACAUUUGAUUUAUAAAUGCGGUGGUAUCGAUAAGCGUACCAUUGAAAAGUUCGAGAAGGAAGCCCAAGAAAUGGGUAAGGGUUCCUUCAAAUAUGCAUGGGUUUUGGAUAAGCUAAAAGCAGAACGUGAACGUGGCAUUACUAUCGACAUUGCUCUUUGGAAAUUCGAAACCUCCAAAUAUUAUGUCACAAUCAUAGAUGCACCUGGACACAGAGAUUUCAUAAAAAACAUGAUUACUGGUACUUCCCAAGCGGAUUGUGCCGUAUUGAUUGUUGCUGCUGGUACCGGAGAAUUUGAAGCUGGUAUUUCAAAGAAUGGACAAACUCGUGAACACGCAUUACUGGCUUUUACGCUUGGUGUAAAACAACUCAUUGUUGGUGUCAACAAAAUGGACUCUACCGAGCCUGCAUACUCUGAGACUCGUUUUGAAGAAAUAAAGAAAGAAGUAUCAUCCUAUAUAAAGAAAAUUGGUUAUAAUCCAGCUGCUGUUGCAUUUGUACCAAUUUCUGGUUGGCACGGGGAUAACAUGUUGGAGGCAUCGAGCAAAAUGCCUUGGUUCAAGGGAUGGCAAAUUGAGCGUAAGGAAGGUAAAGCGGAAGGGAAAUGUCUUAUCGAAGCUCUCGAUGCCAUUCUUCCACCUUCCAGACCAACCGACAAACCACUCCGCCUCCCACUUCAAGAUGUUUAUAAGAUUGGUGGUAUCGGUACUGUACCUGUUGGUCGGGUUGAAACUGGCGUAUUGAAGCCAGGUAUGGUCGUUACCUUUGCUCCUGCAGGCCUGACCACUGAAGUUAAGUCGGUGGAAAUGCAUCACGAGGCAUUACUAGAGGCUGUACCUGGUGACAAUGUCGGUUUCAAUGUGAAGAACGUUUCUGUCAAAGAAUUGCGUCGUGGAUUUGUUGCUGGCGACUCUAAGAGCAAUCCUCCUAAAGGUGCCGCAGACUUUACUGCCCAGGUCAUUGUACUAAAUCAUCCGGGGCAAAUCAGCAAUGGUUAUACACCGGUAUUGGAUUGUCAUACUGCUCAUAUUGCCUGCAAAUUUGCCGAAAUUAAGGAGAAGUGCGAUCGCCGUACUGGCAAGACUACCGAGGAGAAUCCAAAAUCAAUCAAAUCAGGAGACGCAGCUAUUGUUACUCUUGUACCAAGCAAGCCCAUGUGCGUCGAAUCUUUCCAAGAAUUUCCGCCAUUGGGACGUUUCGCUGUCCGUGACAUGCGUCAGACGGUAGCAGUCGGUGUAAUCAAGGCUGUUACUUUUAAGGAUGCAAGCGGUGGAAAAGUCACCAAGGCUGCCGAAAAAGCUCAGAAAAAGAAAUAACUAUUUUCCGUAUAUGUUUAUCGCCGGAUUAACCGGUUUAUUACAGCUGAAAUAGUUAGCGUUCUUUCUUCAUAUCUUUCAUAUAACCUGGCAUUUAUAUUAAUGUUUUUAUCAUUAUCGUUUCUGUUUUUUAAAAUCUCUUUUAUAAAUUUAUAUUCAACGAAAAGGAAAAAAAUUGACUUUUAUUAUUUUAGACAUGAUAACUGCGUAUCUAUCCAAGCUUUUCAACGUACGUCGAUCUUAUUAAGAUUAUUAUUUCGUAACUUGUUUCAUCGUAAAGAAUUCCGCAGGGGAGGCAACGAAUCGACGAUGACCCCUUGUCGAUGAUGGCAAGAACAACGCUAUUACAUGAAAUAUAUGAAGCAAGAGUAAAAGCUACUGAAUAACAUCUAUUAUUUCAUAACUCAACACGAAUGAAAUAAUAAUUUAACUCGGCUUAAUUAUAUUUUUUUAAUUAUUAUACGGAAAGAAUAAAUUCUCCAUCUGCGAUA